UCCCCAAAUACACCAAAUCCCUCAUGGACAAAACGUACCAGAAAACCCUGGGCUCAAAGCCCACACUCCCGCCGCCGCCGCCAUCCAGAUCCACCCCCACCCGCUGCCGAAACUGGCUGGAACUCCCGCCCGAGAUCACCGCUUCCAUAAUUUCGCGGCUCGGAGCCAUCGAGAUCCUGACGGCCGCCGAGAAGGUCUGCAGGUCAUGGCGCGCAAUCUGCAAGGACCCGCUGAUGUGGCGCACCAUCGAUAUGCGCAACGACGGCGACCUACACGACAUGACGUACGAUUUGGAGAAGAUGUGCUGCCUCGCCGUUGAUCGGAGCUGCGGUCAGCUCGUCGAUAUCACCAUCGAGUAUUUCGGCAGCGACGAGCUGCUCAAGUAUAUCACUGAUCGAUCAAGUGGAAUCAAACGCAUCCGACUAGUGCGGUGUUAUUGCAUUACGGAUGAGGGAUUGAGUGAGGUGGCUCCGAAGCUUACCAUGUUGGAGGACCUGGAAAUUUCACUUUGCACACUUUCGCAUGAACCUCUAGAGGUUGUUGGACGCUCUUGUCCGCUUUUGAAGUCUGUGAAACUGAACAACCACUGGUACCAUUUCCCGCCUGAGAAGUGUAAUAAUGAUGCAUCUGCUGUAGCAGGAACAAUGCAGGGUUUGCAGAACCUCCAGCUUUUUGGGAAUAAGCUGACAAAUGAUGGAUUGGUAGAGAUUCUUGAUAGUUGUCCUCGUCUUCAGUCACUUGAUAUGCGACAUUGUUUCAACCUUAACCUGGAGGCAGAUUUGGAGAAAAGAUUGACUAAACAAAUUAAAAAGUUACGGCUGCCUUAUGACUCCAUUGAAGACUAUGAGUUUGAUGCUAUGUCUAAUUGUUUUGAAUCACGUGAUAAUGAUGGGGGCUCCCCAUAUGGUUUUUCUGACAGUAAUUUGCUGUCUGAUGACUAUGAUGAGUAUGAAUUUUCAAGCGACGGUGACUUCUAUGACUACGAGGAUUUUGAUGAUUUUACUAGACUUGAUUUGUAUGACGUUGGUGACAUGGGUGCCCUUUCUAGUAGCUGAAGUCUGGUUUUAUUGUUAUGAACUUGGAUAGUGAAGUGAUCAGAAUUUAUAUCUCCCUCAGCUGGAUCUAGAAUUCUUGAUAGUAGCAUUGGUCUUGCUGCAUAUUUAUUGGAGCAGCUUAUCAGAGUAAUCAGACGAUUGUAAAAUUUCAAUUCAUUCCUGAAAGUUUGACAUUCAUUUAAAGUAAUCUUGGUGAUGCAGUUUUCUGAGAUUUCAUUUUUAUCACCUUGAUUUCACCCUGCAUCUGUAUUUCUCAGGAUACUAUGGAAGUCUACUGCAGUUUGUUUUCAAGCUGAGACGUGUUGCUCUAUUACAUUCUCUUGGCCCUGCGUACAAAUUCAUCAGUCGAUUACAAGUACAAGAAAGUUGGCAUAUGUCAAACUCUCAUCUCAACAUUCCAGCUUCUCUAGGAAAGGUGCGGCUUGGGUAGACCUAACUUCAUUUACGUACUUAGCAACUUGGAUUAUAGUCAUCUAUAAUCCAAGUUGUUUUUGAAACUAGGAAUCAGUCUAUUAGCUUGAUUGAUAAUAAUAGACUGAUCGUGAUGUAUAACGAACACAUUUGAGUCAAGAUAAAAAUCAUUUUCUUACCA